UAAGCAAGAAACUCCAUCUUUGUGUUCGGUGCAAAAUGAAGAUCAUAUCUUCACUGGAUUUCUUUUUCUCUCCCAACAAAAUUUACCGCACUAACGAGAAGUCGCGGAUUGGCUGCAAACAACAAUUGCGGAGUAUACCAGCUGGUUUCUUCGUCGGCCACCAACUAUCAUGGCAAACAAAAGUUUCAACGAACCAACAUUGUCGGAACAAGCAGCUGAUCAACUGCAGCAUGAGUACCACCGUGAAAGAACUCAAUGAUGAACAAACCAUAGUUAGACGGUGUGCUAACUAUGGUCCAACCAUUUGGAAAUAUGAAUACAUACAGUCCCUUAAUAGCAACUAUGUGGGAGAAGAAUAUGAGAUGAAGGAAGCAAAGCUGAAAGAAGAGGUGAAAAUAAUGAUACUAGAAAAGAUGGAGACCUCAUUCCAAAAAUUAGAGCUCAUUGAGAAAGUCAAGAGACUAGGAGUGUCUUAUCACUUUGAGAAAGAGAUAGAGAGUUGUUUGGAUGCAAUAUACAAUGAAACAAAUUGGUCAAGUGAAGUUUUUGAUUUAAAUGAAACAUCUUUGAGAUUCAGGCUCUUCAGACAACAUGGUUAUAAUGUUUCUCCAGAUGUUUUUGACAAAUUUAUAGACCAAAAUGGGAAUUUCAAGAAGCACUUGUCUGAAGAUAUUGUGGGGUUAUUGUCCUUGUAUGAGGCCUCGUAUCUUGCUGUAAAGGAAGAGAGUACAUUAGAUGACGCAAGAAAAUUUGCUGCAAAACACUUAAAAGAAAACUCGAAGAUAAUAAAGAAUUCAAAUUUGGCCAUGUUGGUGAAUCACGCACUCGAGGUUCCAUUGCAUUGGGCGAUGAAAAGAUUCGAGGCAAGGUGGUUCAUAGAUGCAUAUAGCAAGCAAGAAGAUGUGAAUAAGACCCUCCUAAAUUUUGCUAAGUUGGAUUUCAACAUGGUGCAAGCUGAACAUCAAGAAGAACUUAAGCAUGCUUCGAGAUGGUGGGAGAACUUAGGAUGGGACAAAAAAGUGCCCUUCCUUAGGGAUAGAUUGCUGGAAUGUUACCUAUGGACCUUGGCCGAUCCCCAAAAUGAAAUGUCGUACUACGGAAGGAUGUGUACAAGGGUCAACCAACUUAUCACAUCCAUUGAUGAUAUUUACGAUGUAUAUGGCACUUUGGAUGAACUCGAUCUCUUUACUAAUGCUGUUCUCAGAUGGGAUGUGAAUCUUGUCGAAACAUUGCCAGACUAUAUGAAGAUAUGUUUUCUUGGCAAUGUUAAUUCUGUCAAUGAAUUGGGUUAUGAGGCUCUUAAGAAUGAAGGAGUUCACGCCCUUCCAUAUCUCAUCAAAGUGUGGAAAGAUUUAUGUGGGUGCUAUAUGAAGGAAGCCACGUGGUUCCAUGAGGGGCAUGUGCCUUCUCUUGAUGAGUACUUGAACCAUGCAUGGAUGUCUGUGGGAAUUCCUUUGGUGAUUAAUCAUGCAUAUUUUCUUUGUGCUUCUACUUUCAAUAAUCCCAUCACUGAAGAGGGCUUGGAAGCAAUUAAAAACUAUCACGAAAUCAUCAAAUGGCCUUCCAUGGUGGUUCGCCUAGUAAAUGAUUUGGCAACUUCAAAGAAAGAAUUGGAACGAGGUGAUGUACUAAAAUCGGUGCAACUUUAUAUGCAUGAAACUGGCGCCUCGGAAGAAGAAGCUCAAGAAUAUAUUAAAGGACUCAUUAGAGAAACUUGGAAGAAGAUAAACACAGCUCGAACUAUGCCUGAUUGCCCUUUUGAGAUGAAGUUUGUGGAUGUAAUAACAAAUAUUGCGAGGAUAGCUCAUUACAUGUAUCAAUAUGAAGAUGCGCACGGGUAUAAUAUUGAUGGGAAAAAUAAGGACCGCGUCACUUUGCUCCUCAUCGAGCCAAUUCCUCUUUCUUUGGAUUGAUGUGAAUUAUCCAAAUCUACUAUAAGAGCAAUGUAAUUUGUGAGGAAUGUGUUGAUUUAUGUUGAUGUAUUCAUUUAAAUGCUCAGUAUUGUGUGGUUAUUUAGUGUGAAGAGGCCAAAUACUACCUCUAAUAAAGUAAUGAAAACCACGUUAUGGAUCAAUCGAAUAGACUCUUAAUAUUGUUGUACU